AUGGGAGAAAAGAUAGUCUGCAUAUCGUUACCCUCGGCUGGUUUGUGGACAGCGUUCGCAGAAGUGGUGCUUAAGUUGUGCACUGUUCAAGGAACAGAGUUCACAGGAAGCAAGGACUUGGCUUUAUCAGGCUAUUCAGUCUUCAUCGAUCCCGAUAGUUCAUCAAUGGUAUCAGAGCUCUACAUUCCAAGUCUUACAGCUGCUUCUGUCCAGAGAUAUCUUGGUCACUCGAGCGAUCUUGUUUCGCCACUCUGGAUUCACAAGAUGUUGGAAGAGAAACCAACGCAGACUCUUGUCCGAAUGUCAGCCGAUUUGGCCAGAGAUCUUAGGACAAUGCUUGAGAAUCUGAUGAAGGAAUCCUGCAGGGAAUGUGUUCCUCAAGACGCCUCGAUGUUAGCGAAGAGGACGACGACAUGUAAAGAAAGGCAGAAGAUUGUAGAAUCCGCCAAAAAGGCUGUCACGAACCGCGACGCAAAGGCACUGCAUCUCUUUCUAUGUUUCGUCCUCAGCAACGGAGCUUUUUGUAAACCGCACUUUUGUUAA